AAUAUGAAGGGAGCACAUAUCGGGAGGCCCCAAAACAGGUGCCGCCACGAGAACUGCCCUCGCUCGCCCCCUGCCAGCGCCCACACCGAGUGCGAGGCCCCAUGGCUGUCGCAAUCUUUCUUCAGAUCCUUCUGGGCGCCCUCCUGGCGUCGCCGCAGCAGGCUUCAGGAGAGGCGUGUCCUUGCACCUGGUCGACCACGGACUCUGCCCUCUCCUGCCGUGACCUCGGUCUCCAGCGCGUCCCCAGGGAUUGCUUCCUGGACCAUCCCGAUACCGUCAGUCUCGACCUCUCGGGCAACAGCAUCGAAAGCCUUUUCGAGGACGACUUCUCUGGGCUGGACGCCAUCGAGGCUCUCUGGCUCAGUCGGAACAAGAUCUCCAGUCUCCACUCGCGGACGUUCUGGAACCUGAGUGCAUUGACUGAGCUGCAUUUGGACCAGAAUGCCCUGGAGGUGCUUCCAGAGGGCAUGCUCGCCUACCAGCCAAGUAUUCGGGAAUUCUCCAUCGACAACAACAAUCUGAUUGAAUUGCCACUGACGCUUUUCGCCGACGGCCUACAAGAACCAGUGACGCUCAAUUUAACAAGCAACUACCUGCGCGUUGUUCCUUGCUCUGCUGUGUCUCCCCUGCCGGGCAACAGCAAUGUGCCAGCUGACUCCGUCCAGAUCUGGGCUCAGCACGAGGAGGAGAUCGCCAGCUGUUCCUUCCUGAACCUGCCUGCUCUGGUUAGCCUGUGCAUGCCCAUUGAUGUCCGCUCCAACAGCAUUGACUGCACGGCGCUGCACGAGCCUUUCUCGCCUCUCAAGGCCUUCCUGGCGGAGAGUGAGAGCCGCCGCUUCUACAACGGGACGGACCACAUAGUGUUUAGUGCGGAUGUGGACGACCUGAUGGGCGAGCCUCCGUCGCACGUCAGCUGCCUCCCUGACGAUCUGGAUGUCGCAGGGUCCUUUCUGGUUUUCCAUCGCUACACUCCUGACCUCCACCUCGAGGGUCUUUUCUUUGACCUGGCUGACCUUCCAAGCCACACCUCAGAGCUGACUAACUCGGUCACCAUCAUAGCUGACACGGUGGUUCUGACAUGGCCCAUCCCGCCUCUGCGCUACCGCCUCACGGUCUCCGCUCGCAAUGUAGUGCUUGCUCACCCUAUCCUGAUGGAGGCGCCGACGACGCUCUACCCUCCCGCAACUACCGAAACGUUCUACCAGCUGCAGGUGUCGGCGGGGCGCGUCAAUGGCGUGACGGUGAUCCAGUACGAACACGGGCUGCUGACCGUGCGGCUGCUGGACGGGGCCGACGUCGUGGCCAAACGCAGCUGCCAGCCUCUGCCCGAGUACAACGAGGAUGAGGUGCGUGAGUGGGUGAGUGCCAGGCAGCUGUGGCUGACCGUGUACUGCAGCUCCACUCUGCGGGAGUCUGACGAGCGUGAGACCCUGCUGUAUGCCAGGGACCUCGCCUCCUUCGUCACCAGACUGACUACAAAUUGGACCAAAGUUGACAUGGUGGGCACGAACCAGAGAGCAACAAACCUGCUGUAUGACAUAAAUGCCGCGCUUUCAAAUUUGAUCCUUCCCCGCAAUGUACCUUACCUCAGUGUCAGCGUUUAUGCCGAGAUGGUUCCCUACCUGGCAGACAGCAUCGCUGUCUACAAGGAAGCUUACGACGACCUGAGAAGAAAGCUUAUGGUAAAUGCUGAGCGACUCUUCGAUAUGAACAUUCAUUUCGAGGAGCGAAAAGCUGACCUGGAGUUCAUGCAGAGCAAUGCACAGCGCGCAAUCGAGAUGGCGGAGGAGGUGCACAGCGUCCAUUCUGCUCAGCUGCAGAACCACGUGUCCUGGGCCAUCAACAACUGGAAGGCCAUCAUGGACAUCUAUGAAAACGUCUUGGCCUCAAGACCCCAAGUCAAUGACGCUGUGGAUCGGGCAGAAGCAGGCCUCCGGGCGUACAAACGGCAGCAACGGUUUAUUUCGUUUUUAAAUGUCGGCACAACUUUCGCUCGCUGUAUCAUGGGCUUUCCUGGAGGCACGAUUGGAGUCAUAAGUAACGUCGGGGAGAUCGUGUCAAAUGCUUUCGAGUUCAAGUCAUUCGAUGAAACCAUGGAGGAAAUAACAGAGAAGAUCGAAGCCGUUAAUGUCAUGAUGGUCAAAACAGAAAACUUCAUGUCCACCGUGCCGCCCCUCCCGCCUUCGGACGGGGACCAGCUGGCCUGGAUCAUGACCUUCAACGACAGCGAGACACUGUACGCGAUCGCAAGGCAAGCCGGGGUCACUGCAGACCAGUGGGAGUCUGCGGGAGUUUACUCCAUCAAGUGUCUUGCAGAUGAAGACUUUUCUGACAAAGUUGACGGCGUGAAGAACCUCAAGAUGAAGCUAAACGAACUGCGCGUGUGGAGCCAGGCCCUGGCGGAGCAGGUCCAGGCGUUCUGCGAGUACGUGGCGUCCGUGCUGGAGGAGAUGACCAACCUGGCCGAGGACGCCGCGGCCGUAGAGGAGGGCAACGCGUCCCUCGACAAUGUCAACGGAAUGCUGGUCGACGAGGCGGUCACGGAGGAGAACUACAAGGAGCACAUCGUGGAGCAGAACCUUGCAGUCUUGGACGUCAUGAUGAAGCUCUUCCUCAAAUCCCGCUCUGACAUUCUGGCCAUCAAUGUCAUCCUGCACGAGUACUGCAGCGCUUACUUCUACGCCUUCUUCAAGGAGUGCGACCCCGCCAACAGCCCCUCCCUCUGGGAUAACUACGACACCAUCCUCUACAAACUGAACAAGAUCCAGUUCGAAUCCUUGAACUCCAUCAGCUCCCUGAGCCCGCCUCCGCAGCCCUUCCAGAAGACCAUCCGUGUGCUGGACUCGGACUCCGGUUGCGAGGGCGGCGCCGCCACCUCCGAGGGCGCCGCGUGCCCCGUGUCCGCCCUCGCCUUCAGCGGCUCCACCUCCUUCAACCUGGCGGAGUACUGGGGCGCCGGCCUCUCCUUCGGCGCCAGGAUCAGGAUGGACCUACUCAGGAUUUACCUCGAGGGACUCCACGAAAACACCGUGACCAUCGACGUGAAAAGACCAGCCAUCUUCAACGACACGUACAAGGGCCAAGAGUUCACCUUCCGAGGCCACUUGGAGGAGUGCCGCGUCAAGUACGAGGAAACAGCUCUUCACACACCCAACCCUUCCUAUGGAGACGAGAAAGCGGUAAGCUACGUGACGGACUGCAGCACCCACCAGCAAUACCAACUGUACUAUUACCGCACCUCCCCUGACGGAAUGUUCACCUUCACCUGGCGAGACUUCCAACAAGGGGUCGACUACACCAACCUCACUGCCCUGGAAGUGUACUUGGAGGGCAGCUGGAUACCCAAUUUCUAACUUGGAUUCUUUGUUUUCCCAUGCGUCAUAAUAUUUCAUGUAUUAACCUUGCUGAUGAAAAUUCUUUGCUCAAAACUGCUGUCACAAGCAAACAUAAAUAGUCUCAUAGAUUAA